GCGCUCUCACCUGUGCGACCUUUCAAGUCUCCUAAGCUUACACAAUUGUUCGAGACCCUCCACUAUGAAUAUAGACAAGUCGGGAUUCGAGGACCUCGCGGCGUUGUUUCUCCCAGACAUCCUGAACCAGAACCUAAGCGGCGGCUCCAACCAUCAUCGGCACCAAGAUCACGGGCCUCCAUCCCAGAUGCCCAGUGUGAGCUCGACCCCCACGCAACCCAAUCCUUCGAAUUCUGGCCAUACCGCCAUCAACAACAACCUGCUGCCCCAGUCUGUUCUACGUGCCAAGGCAGAACAAGACCAGCACCAGUUCUUGCUGCCUCCCAACUCCAACUCUCAGUCGAGUUUUGCCAACUUCCUCAGUAACAACGACUUUAUCACUUGGAAACUCCCGCCAGCCUUUGGCACCAGCACCACGUCGGUCUCUGAUACGCCCGGGAUCACACAGGCUACGGGAGCCCAGGCCCAACUGUCCGCCAGCGACACUUUCGACAACCACGCCGAGACCCACCAUGUUGGGCACUAUAGCAGUUUUGUGCCGCCAGAAGCAUCGCUAUCACAGCUCCACCACCACCACCACGGUCAGUACUUUGGGUCCGGCUCGAGUCAGGCAGGCCUUUACAGCAAGCAGCUCGACCCAAAUUGGCUCACGGGCCAGGGAGAAUUGGACUCUCGAAUGUUUGGUGACCCCAAGUACAGUCUUGGGUAUCCCCAGCAUACGGGUCAGGACCAAAUGGACUUCAUGUACCAGCCGCAGCCGCAGCUUCCGCCCAACUUCACGAGCGACUACGACAGCGUGGCACGAGUGCCUGUGGCCCAGUACCAGAAUGGAGCGACAGCUGCUGCCAGUGAUGAGAUAGGCUCGAAGAAGAGCGGCAAGAGGAAGUACCAGCGCAAACGUAACAAGAAGGUCCCCAACACGUCAGGCAUCCAAAUCGAUUACUCGUCUGCAAAGUUGAUCAAGUUACUUGAUCUUCGGUCCAAAAAGUUGAACCAAGACUACAAAUUGCUCGACCAGAAGGGGAACGAGAUCCUGGUUGAUUUCAGGGGGUUCUUGAGCGGGAGAGCGUUGACGAACGACUAUGACAACAGCAAGUAUAUUCUUGGGUUGUUUGAAGAGAAGAACGAGGGUCUGCAGAUCAAGAACAAAACCAUACGAGCGGACCCCAAGGUGAUUUCGUGCUACAGAAGAAAUUUCAUCCAGGUGUCGUUGAACUUCAAGUUGUUGGGGUUCAAGGACUACAGCGAGGACGACUCGAAGAUCUUGAAGUUGCAGACCAGUGAGUACGGAUAUAACAUCACCCGAGUGGUCAAAUGGUUCAAAAUCGAAAUCACUGCCCUUUCCACUGCUUCGGCCGGCCAGCCGGUACUGUUGGUUAUCAAUGAGGACUCGAAGGAACGCAAGGAAGAAGGCCAUCUCAUCACCAAUAAAGACGACCAUGUGGUACUGACUCCUAUCAGCAGUACCCAACAAAUCAUCACCUUGAACAACUCCCAGAUCACCGAUGGUAACAUCGACACCUUCUUCACCAUCAAGAAGUUGCAGUUUAAGAAUGCCACCUCCAACAACGGCAAAUUUCUCUUCCAGAACUACUACUACUUAAAGAUCAAGUUGAGUGCCAUUGUGGCCGACUUGUACUAUGAUGAUUAUAUUGACGAGGACUUUUCGGUGGCUAACUCCGACAACAGCCGAAACGAAAUUAAUCUCUUUGAGUUGCAGAGCGAGCCAAUGAUUGUUCGAGGCAGAAACCCGUCUUUUUACGCCGAGAGAAAAGAUAUGUUGGUCAAGGGCCGUUUACCUCUGUUGAAACUGUCAUAUCUUGCAGCCACAAAAGUCGAUACAGGAGAUCCUUUAGAUUUCAUGAAAAUCGACUACAACCUGUCGGAAUCGACUACUGACCGAGAUCCUCAAGCAAACAAUGAAGGAACUGAAGAAGGAGAUGAAGAAGAAGAGGAUGAGGAUGAGGGAGACGACGAUUUUGAAGGUGAUGCCCUUGAGAAUGAGAAUGAAAACGACGCGCCGGCAGAAGAGCCCAAAAAGCCAAAGUCCACCACGCCCGUACCAGCUACCAGCCAGACAAAAUCGAUUCCUCCAGGUUACAACCCCAACCCGUCGUCCCUUAACUUAGAAACAAUUGGGAAAGAUGGUAACCACUACAAGUAUUUUCCAAUUUCCAAUGUGUACUAUCUUCCACCUAUCAAUUUCACCACGAUAUCGCUAAGAUGAAGACGGCAUCGCCAGCAAUCGAAGAAAAGAGUGUACACCGUAGAAAGAGCAGUAACGUCUAUUUCAAGUAGGUCAUUUAUUUUAAUGUGACAUAAUAUAAAACUCGAAUCUCGCCUAUUCCUUAAUAAGAACAGAAGCAGCACCCAUACCGGUACCAAUACACAUGGAAGUGACACCAAAUUGGCCGGGCUUCAACAAUCUCAAGAUGGUGGCAUAUUGUCUAGCACCAGUAGAACCCAAUGGGUGACCAAGAGCAAUAGCACCUCCAUUGAUGUUCACCUUUUCUCGUGGAAUAUUGCAAGUGUUGAUAGAGUACAAGCACUGGGAGGCAAACGCUUCAUUGAUUUCAAACACAUCAAUGUCAUCCACCGUCAAGCCUGACUUCUUCAAAGCUUCGGGGAUGGCCACAGCUGGACCAAUACCCAUGAUUUCGGGUGGACAUCCCACUGCCGAACACAAGACGUACUUGGCUUCAAUAGGGUAUCCCUUGGCCUCGGCCAACGAUCUUCUCAUCAACAACACAACAGCAGCACCGUCCGACACUUGCGAAGCGUUACCGGCGUGGGUGGUACCAGUGGCACUGAAAGCAGGUUUCAAUUUAGCCAAGGAUUCGGCAGUAACUCCCUUUCUUGGACCUUCGUCGGUGUCAAUCAACACCGACUUGUAAGUGACAUUGUCAUCGUCAUCUUCUUCGGCAAUGAACGACUCAAUUGGCAAGAUCUCGUCUUUGAAGGCCCCGGAAGAAAUAGCCUUUUCGGCCUUGUUGUAUGACUCAGCAGCAAACUUAUCCUGUUCAGCUCUGCUGACGUUGAAUUGGGAUGCAACGUUUUCGGACGUGAUCCCCAUAGGAAUCAAGCACUUGGCCACCUCUUCAUUUUCUUGCAAGUGAACAUCAAUCUUAGCCACUGCCAGAGGUCCGUAAUUGGCACUCAUACUUUCUACACCAGCACCAAUCCCACAGUCGAUUUCACCAACCUUAAUCUUGUUGGCGAUUUCGCUGAUAGCCAUCAACCCGGAAGAACAUUGUCUGUUGAGGCCGAUGAACGCAGCCUUGUUAGGGAUUCCGGCUGCCAAAGCGGCACCUCUGUGUUCGGUGGAACCAGCUCCUCCGUUCAACACGUUACCAACGGCGACAUCUUCGAUCAAGUUAACAUCAAUACCGGUCUUCUUGAUAAAGGCUUCAAAGAGGCCCUUUAAAAGGAAAUCGGAUCCUACAUCUUUGAAUCCACCUUUACCACCUUUGGCCAAAGCAGUUCUAUAAGCAGCUACCACCACCACAUCAUCAGGGUUUUUUUGAAGCAAGGCUUGCUUGGAGUUAGGGCUUAAUUGUCCGGAUAAUUGGUUUAAUCUUUCCAUGAUGUUGAAAAAAACUUGGAAUGCAGAU